GAAACCGACUUGGUGACCUAAAUAUCCCUUUCAAAAACCCUAUCGUCUUUACGAUAUUGAGACAGACUUUGCCUUCUGGUAACAAAAAAAUCCACUCCACAGCAGAGAUGGAGAAGAAGAAGUUCAACAUGAAGCAAUUUUGGGGAGUAGAAGGUACUGAAAACCCUAAUAAUCAUCUUCUUUCUAGUGAUAAAUCUAUGGAAAUGAUUAAUGAUAAGUUUCAACAAGUUUCUGUUAACACAAUUAGUAAUGAAAGAAACCCUACUAGUGAUAAUCAUAUAUUAUGUGAUAUACUAAGCAGACUUCCUGUUAAAUCACUGAUGAGGUUCAAAUCUGUUUCUAAACAUUGGAAAUCUUUGAUUGAAGUAGAUUCGUACUUUCAUGAUUUACAUUACAAACGUUCGAAAUCUGGUUUAUGUGGUCAAAGAUUAGUUCUCUUCAUCAGUUCUACAGAACCUGAUUUCAAUAACCCUUUGUUCCCAUAUAAAAAGCCUGACAACCAUGCUAUUAAAUUUUCAAUUCGUUUGCCUGGUAGUAGACAAUUCGAUGUUAAGAAAUUGGUGUUGGAUCGUAGUCCUUAUGGAAUACCGAAACAAGCAGUGAAUGGUUUGGUUUGUAUUACCUCCAGGGGUGAGGCAUUUUUCAUAUAUAAUCCUAGUACUGGAGAAAGAUCACCUUGGAUUGAAACUACCACGGUUUCGGAAGUGAAUGCAGGAGAUAGAAAACGACAAGUUAGAUGCAUUGGGUUUGGGUUUAAUCCAAAAACUAAUGAACACAAAGUGAUUUGCAUUUCAAGUACUCAGAAAUUGAAGAAAAGGGGAGAGAUUAAUUGGGAUUUCAGCUAUAAAGAUGAAGAAAUUGAAGAUCAAGUUUGUGAAGUCUUGGUUGUUGGUGAGAAUACAUGGAGAAGGAUCGAUGAAGUUCCAUCCUAUAAUAUGAGAACAAAGGAUUGUUAUGGGGGUGGUAUGACAUUUAACUGGGAUAAUAAUUCGGUUUAUGUGAAUGGUUCCUUGUAUUGGCGGUUCAGGUAUACCCGAAAAGGGGAAGUGGUUGUGGGAUUCGAUUUUGGAAGUGAGAAAUUCAGAGUUAUUCCAAUCCCUGACUCUGCCAUUGACCCUCGUGUUUAUAAAUUUUCACAAACUGUUGAGUUAAUGGAGGUUGAUGGACAUAUAGCUGUACUAAAAUGGAUAUCAGAGUAUCACAUUGCGCUGUGGAUACUUCAUGAAGAUGGUGAUAGCAUUAAGUGGAUUGAAGAGAAGAUAGACUUCCCUUUUAUGUGGAAUGCAAAACCAGAUCUUUCUAUUGAAGCUCUUCCAGGGACAAAUUUGAUCAUCCUGAAACCGGAAUAUGAGUGCGAGACAGACAGUUUUUAUUAUUAUGACCGAAGCACAAAGAAGUUCACUUUGUCUUCAAUCCCACCUGAAUAUCACUUUGAGUUGAGACAGAUUACAUCUUUAGUGGAAAGCCUUGCACCUGUCCGUGCAGCGCGUUGCAGCACAUUCUGAAUGAAUGCACCAGUUUCUGAAUGAAAGAAGACGUCAAGAGUAGUGUAACUUGUUUCUUUUGGCGUAUUAGAAGUUGCAAUCUUCGUGUGUUAUAUUUUUCUUUAGAUGCUCAGUUUGUGUUGCUCAUGUGACAUAGCGCUUAUACUCUUAGGCAAGUUUCUGACUGUUGGUUUGAGUACUAAGCUAUUGUCUACUUUUAUUAAUGAGCUUUUGUUAGACUUCUACUUCGAUUAAAAAGGUUCAUGUUUUUA